UGGGGAAAAAUAGAAUAGGGCAAAGAAAUGGUGUACGCAAGUGAUUCUUUAUUUACCAAGAAUAGACUGCAGUAACAGGUUAGGACUCUGAGUGUCGCUGUUCACCAAUCGGGGGAAGAAAAGAACCAGGAAAUUAAUACAAACCACAAGAUUUCUGCAUUACAAAGCACUAGCUCUGGGGCUUUAGAAAGCUUCGAACUGGACCCCCGAGAGCGCCAGCAUCCAACGGUGAAAGCACAUUAUCUUGGACCCUGAAGGUCCUUGGAAUCCUCAGGCCUCCACCAAGGGAACACCCACGAGCAAGCUAUUCCGCCGCGGGGCUAUAAUGGCGGCUUCUCCUUAUUGCCCAGACUGCAGCCGGCUGAUCGGGAUCUGCGUUCUCUUGGGGGCCCUGUGGGAAAUCCGGGCCGAACAUAUCCUCCACUCGGUGCCUGAGGAGCUGGAGAACGGCUCCUUCGUGGGCAACAUCGCCAAGGACCUGGGGCUGGAGCCCUGGGAGCUGGCGGAGCGCGGAGUCCGCAUCGUCUCCAGAGGUAGGACGCAGCUUUUUGCUCUGAACCUGCGAAGCGGCAGCUUGGUCACUGCGGGCAGGAUAGACCGGGAGGAGCUCUGUGACAGAUCUCCAAAGUGUGUAGUAAACCUGGAGAUUCUCCUAGAGGACAACGUGAAGAUUUUUGGAGUAGAAGUGGAAAUAAUCGAUGUUAAUGAUAACGCGCCCAACUUUGGGGCAGAGCAAAGGGAAAUAAAAGUAGCUGAAAGUGAAAUUCCUGGGACAAGAUUUCCUCUUCCUGAAGCUUUUGAUCCGGAUAUAGGGAUAAACUCUCUGCAGGGUUACCAGCUCAGCUCGAAUGGUCACUUCUCCCUGGAUGUGCAAAGAGGAGCUGAUGGGAUUAAGUACCCUGAGCUCGUGCUGGAGCGCGCCCUGGACCGCGAGGAAGAGGCGGUUCACCAUCUCGUUCUCACCGCCUUCGACGGAGGCGACCGGGUUCACUCUGGCACUGCCAGGAUUCAUGUAACACUUGUGGAUACCAACGACAAUGCCCCAGUAUUCACUCAGCCCGAGUACCAUGUGAGUGUGCAGGAGAACGUGCCGGUGGGCUCCAGGCUACUCACAGUAAAAGCCACUGAUACAGAUGAAGGAGCCAAUGGAGAAGUCACAUAUUCUUUCCGGAAAGUAAGAGAUAAAAUAUCCCAGCUAUUCCACUUGAAUUCUCUCACUGGGGACAUAACAGUAUUGGGGGAUCUGGAUUAUGAGGACUCUGGGUUCUAUGAUAUAGAUGUAGAAGCCCAUGAUGGGCCUGGUCUCCGAGCCAGAAGUAAGGUACUGGUGACAAUUCUGGAUGUAAAUGACAAUGCCCCAGAAGUCACAGUUACAUCUCUCACCAGCUCUAUUCAAGAAACUUCUUCCCCAGGCACAGUAAUUGCACUUUUCAAUGUGCAUGACAGUGAUUCAGGAGAGAAUGGCCUUGUCACAUGUUCUAUUCCAGAUAAUCUGCCAUUCACACUUGAAAAGACCUUUGGAAAUUAUCAUCGGUUGUUGACACACAGGACUCUGGAUAGGGAAGAAGUCUCAGAAUAUAACAUCACUGUAACUGCCACUGACCACGGAACUCCACCAUUGUCUACAGAAACACACAUCUCACUGAACGUGGCAGACGUCAAUGACAACCCACCUGCCUUCCCUCAAGCUUCCUACUUGGCCUACAUUCCAGAAAACAAUCCUAGGGGAGCUUCUAUCUUCUCUGUGACCGCCCAUGACCCUGACAGUAACGAGAACUCAAUGGUCACUUACUCUCUGGCUGAGGACAAGCUGCAGGAGGCGCCUCUCUCCUCCUAUGUCUCUAUCAACUCUGACACAGGUGUAUUGUAUGCUCUGCGCUCCUUUGACUAUGAACAGGUUAGAGACCUGCAGCUACUUGUGACAGCCAGCGACAGCGGGGACCCUCCACUCAGCAGCAACGUGUCUCUGACCAUAUUCGUGCUGGACCAGAACGACAACACACCUGAGAUUCUGUACCCCGCCCUCCCCACUGACGGUUCCACGGGUGUGGAGCUGGCACCCCGCUCCGCAGAGCCUGGCUACCUGGUGACCAAGGUAGUGGCUGUGGACAGAGACUCGGGCCAGAACGCCUGGCUGUCCUACCGCCUGCUCAAGGCCAGCGAGCCGGGACUCUUCGCGGUGGGGCUGCACACGGGGGAGGUGCGCACAGCGCGGGCCCUGCUGGACAGAGACGCGCUCAAGCAGAGCCUGGUGGUGGCGGUCCAGGACCACGGCCAGCCCCCUCUCUCCGCCACAGUCACACUCACGGUGGUCGUGGCUGACAGCAUCCCAGACGUCCUGACUGACCUAGGCAGCCUGAAGCCCUCAGCGGACCCUAAUGACUCGGGCCUCACGCUGUACCUAGUGGUGGCGGUGGCCGCCGUCUCCUGCGUCUUCCUCGCAUUUAUCAUCGUGCUGCUGGCGCUCAGACUGCGGCGCUGGCACAUGUCGCAUCUGCUCCAGGCUUCAGGCAGCAGGUUGGCCAGCGUGCCCGCCUCCCACUUUGUGGGUGUGGACGGGGUGCGGGCUUUCCUGCAGACCUAUUCCCACGAGGUCUCGCUCACCGCGGACUCGCGGGGGAGUCACGUGAUCUUCCCGCAGCCCAACUACGCGGACACGCUCAUCAGCCAGGAGAGCUGUGAGAAAAGUGGGCCUCUCCUGAUAUCUCAAGAUUUACCUGAAAGAAAAGGAGAACCCAGUCUUCAACAGGUGAGUCAGAUCUUGCCACACUGAA